GUGACUUGUGCGGACGAGAUUUCCGAAAUUUUAUGGUUUGAAACAAAAAUGGUGGUCAUAUAAUUCAUAACUUCGCUACUCAAUAUUGUUAAAUUGUUGCGCAUUAUUUAUGUACACAACAAAAUUAUGAUAAAAUGUCCACUCCAGUAUCUAAUCGCAAAUAUGGAGCACAAAAAAUCCGACUCACAAUUGUAUGUGCCAGAAAUUUAGCACGCCGAGAUCUAUUUCGUUUACCUGACCCAUUUGCCAAAAUAUCAGUUGACGGCAGUGGACAAGUGUACUCAACAAAUGCAGUCAAGGCUACUGUUGAUCCAAAAUGGAAUACACACUAUGAUUUAUAUUUAACAAAAACUGAUGGAAUAACUAUAAGUGUAUGGAAUCAAAGAAAGGCGCACAAGAGACUGGGAUCAGGGUUCCUUGGCUGUGUCCGAAUACAACCCUCGACACUCAACAAGUUAAAAGACACAGGAUACCAAUGUUUGGAGCUCAACGAGGAUACUUCGGGAGAAACAUGCGCGGAAACAUGCAGGGUACAAGGCCAGGUUAUAGUGUCUCUAUUGUCGAGAGAUAGCACUAGAGGUGAGCCAGCGUCAGCGCCAGGCGAGGGAUCCCCAUUGGCAGUAGUGGGCCCGGCUGGAGAGGUGCUGGCUCCGAGAGAACAGUCCAUAAACUCCAACUCGGCAAACGAGUUGCUACCGUUACAUUGGGAGAAGCGACUCACACCCACUGGAAGGCCAUACUACGUGAACCACGCACUACGUAGGACACAAUGGGAGCGCCCCGUAGCGGAGCCCCCGAGCCCGGUAUCCCCGCAGACGUCCACACCGCCGUCCUCGCCCACACCAUCAGCUCCCACGAGCCCCAGCAGCCCCUCGCAGGCAUCACCCUCCCCGGAGAACGAUGUCAGCCACGGCACAUCUAUAUCUUUAAGACCAGAGCCACAACCUCAGACAGCUGUACGUAGUCGUUCACAGACUACUCCAGUGUCCCCGAAUCCAGCAGCAGUGGUGGCAACUGACCUGCCACCUGGAUAUGAGAUGCGCACAACCGCCCAGGGUCAAGUGUACUUCUACAACAGCGCGACGGGCGCGUCGACGUGGCACGACCCGCGUGUCCCGGUACAUCUGCGGCACCGCGCCUCCGCUGGCCCCCUGCCCCCGGGGUGGGAGAUGCGCCACACGCCGUCCGGACGACCGUACUUUGUAGACCACAACCAUCGGACCACACAGUUCACUGACCCGAGGCUGGCUUUGGAGGCGAGGCUGGGCACCACGGAAGCUAGUACCCCGGUAGCUCCGCCCCCCGCGGCCACGCCCGCGCCGGCGGCGGCGGACACCGACGACGCCCUACCCAAAUACAAGCGCGACCUGGCGGCAAAGGCGCGCGUGCUGCGAGCUGAACUGCAAGCGCUGCAGCCGCAGACUGGACAUUGUCGAAUCGAGGUAUCUCGCAACGAGGUUCUCGAAGAAUCCUACCGGUUAGUCAUGAAGUUGCGUGGCAAGGAGCUUCGGAAGCGGCUGCUGGUGAAGUUCCGCGGGGAGGAGGGGCUGGACUACGGGGGCGUGGCGCGCGAGUGGCUCCACCUCCUCGGCCGAGAGCUGUUCAACCCCCACUACGGCCUGUUCCAGUACGCUAACUCUGGGGAUGACAGAUACGCGCUGCAGAUUAAUGCUGAUUCUGGGAUAAACCCCGAACAUCUUUCAUACUUCCACUUCGCGGGUCGCAUACUCGGCGUGGCGUUGUUCCACGGCCACCAGCUGGACGCGGCGUUCACCGCGCCGUUCUACAAGCAGCUGCUCGGGCGGCCCAUCACGCUGCGCGACAUACGCGACGUCGACCCCGAGCUGCAUAGAUCGCUGUCGUGGAUGCUAGAGAAUAGUAUUGCGGGCGUCAUCGACACGACGUUCUCGGUGGAGUGUUCGUCGUUCGGCGCCGUGCGCAGCGUGGAGCUGCGGCCGGGCGGCGCGACCGAGACCGUCGGGCCUAAAAAGGCCACAUUACGCAAUACUGCUAAAAAGAAUUCAAUUACCGAAUUCUUAGCAGUUCCUCUAAAAUUUCGUAAAAUGGACGCAUUCUCUAUCAAUACUGCUCCAAUUCAAUUCAUCCGUAGAUUCAUAUUUCUGGCAUAUGUUGCCACAUAA